CAGACUACAAAGACAGAUGUCAGAUGAAGCCAAGCUGUCAUGACACAAUGUCACUAAAUGUUGUAGCCUACAACAAAGCAACUCAACUUUCCUCCAGAGAUAAUAAUUUCUAUCAAGUCCACUGACAACUACAUGUACUGUAGCGACGACACCAUCAGCAGCAGCAACACCCGAGUGCUUUGUGUCGGGGUUUGCUAUAAAAAAUUCCAGAAUCUGCUUCAUUCAGCGAACAGCUUCCAUUGAGUUUCCUGCAGACGACAGACGAUGCUCCCCACAGACUGGGUCCUGUUGAGGGCAGACGACUGUUACCUGUCUGGUUACCUGUUGUGAGAGAGGACAGUCGCUGUAGCUGCUGAAGACAAUGGGCAGGCGUAAAAAGAAGGCAGCUGUUGGUAGAGGAGGUUCAAGGAAAGUCGAAGGUUACCGGCACCACGUGACUGAUGCUGAGGCUGCUUGUCUUACAGACCCAGGUAACGCACGCCGACUCCAGGAGGUCAGGACUCAGUCAGGUGCUGAUGUACAGGUUGACCCCAACCCAUCCUCCGUACCUGACAGGAAGACUGUCAUCAUUAAGGGUGACCUGAGACAGAUCGACGAUGCUGUCAGGCUCCUCAAUCACAUGACUGCCUCGCAGGAAGAUAUUUUACAGCGAGCUCAGGAGUUUUGGUUGAAAUGGGUUGAGGCCGCCUUCCCUGACUUUGCCUCUCGCGCCUACUUCCUGCCUCCUGUCUACUUCAACCGCGUGCCCAUGACUAGACAGACCAUUGCUGGUCAGGAUGUUCUGGUCCUGCAGAAACCAUCUGGACAGGCCAGUCAGUCUUGCAAAGUAGCGGUGAAUCCAUCUCCUGGUGUUCCAAGUUCCAUUCCACAACCUACUUCAGUUCAGGACAGUGAUGUUAGAGAUGAUGCUGCCAUGCAGCACAUUCUCCUUUGUCUGCAGGAAAUGUCUCAACAGAACAGCGAAGUGUUUGUCGCAAUGAGUCAACUUCAGUUCGGGGAGUACCUGGGAGAACCUUGUUAUUCUGCUGCAGCAGCCCAGGUGCCCUCAGCUACAAGUCUUCCUCCGUCUCUGCCGAAAAACUGGGACAAGGGCGACUUUGAUGUGCUUCUUAUUCACAGGAAGUACGGUUUAGUCGUCUGUGAGGUGAAGGCUGUUGGUGACAAUGUAGGAGAGCUUGGUCUGUCACAGCAAGACAUGCAAAACAACAUCCGAAAGAAAGUAAAGCAGGCCAUCGUUCAGCUGGAUAAGGCGGAAGCCAUGUUGUCUCACCUGGUGUCCGACAUCGCUUCCGGUCUGCGCAUCACUAAGACCAUCGCUUUCCCCAACCUCACGGCUCGUCAGGUAAAGAAGGCCAUCUCUGUUGACAAACAACUCACUCAGGACCUGUGUCGCUGCCUUGGAAAGCCACGUACAAGAGAUGCCGCCGAUGCGGCUGGUCUUUGUUUGACCUCUGAUCAGUUGUCUGACCCCAAGACCCCGUGGGACGUCAGUAGUCACGUGCUGAGGGAACUCGGACACUGGUGGCAGCGACGUGUGGCUGGGGCUGGACCUGACAGUCACAUGACACUUGAUGUUUACCAGGCAUUAAUAGCAAGCAACCCUCAACAUUAGCUGUUCAGUCGUCAAGUAUUUCUAUCUUGCAAAGAUCGUAUACAUACUUGUGACCCUACUUGACCUCGGCGUACGUUUGGACAUGAACAUUGACCUGUUAAGGGUCAUGAACUUUGUGGAUGCAUCAUGGACUGUAGUUAACCCAU